AUGGCACAACCACCACCCCCCGGUGUCUAUGUCCCCGUCCCAACUUUCUUCCUCCCUCGCUCUUCCCCCUCCUACUCUUCAAUCGCCUCACCCCUCGACACAGAAACCCAAGCUGCGCAUUCCAUCCAUCUCGCUCGUUCGGGUAUCAAGGGAUUAGUAGUCUUGGGUAGUACGGGCGAGGCAGUACAUCUUUCUAAUGAAGAGAGAUAUACGGUGUUGAAGGGAUGUAGAGAUGCAUUGGAUAAAGAGGGAUUUGCGGAUGUGGGGAUUAUUGCUGGGACGGCGAGUCAGAAUAUUCCGGAGGUGGUUGGGCAGUUGGGUGAGGCGGCGAGGGCGGGUAGUGCUUGGGGGUUGGUGCUUGUGCCGGGGUAUUUUGCGGGGGCGAGUACACAGGAGGGGAUUAUUGAGGUGAGUUUUUUUUUUACUGAGAGAGAGAGGGGUGGGAGACUUCUGAUUGAGGAUUAUGGGAAAGAAUUUCUGAUGGCAUGAUGCAUAAUUGCUAAUCCAUAUCCUUCACAAAACAGUGGUUCAAAGCCAUAGCAAACCAAAGUCCCAUCCCAAUAAUGAUAUACCAUUACCCAGGGGUAUCAAAUUCCGUCCGCGUCACCCCACAAACCUUCACCACUCUCUCCGCCCACCCCAAUAUCGUCGGCUGUAAACUUUCCCACGGCGAUAUAUCGCAUCAUGCACAAAUCGCACUAUCUCCACACAUAGACCACGCGCAUUUCCACACCUUCACGGGAUUAGGCCAACAAUUACUCCCGGCCAUAAGUAUAGGAUGUCAAGGAACCAUCGACGGCACCGCGGGCUUUUUCCCUAAAAGUGUAGUGCGUCUUUAUGAAUUGAGUGUUAGGGAGGAUGUGAGCGGGGAAGAGAGGAAGGAGAGAGCUUUGUUGCAGUGGAGGUUGAGUGGGGUGGAGGAAAUUGUUGUGAGGUUUGGGACGGUGGGGAUUAAGGAGUGUGUGGCGAGGAUUUUGGGGUUCGGUGAUAGGGAUGGAACGAGAUUGCCGCUUUCGGGGGUUGCCGGGGGUGAUGAGGAGUGGGAGAGGUGGAGGGGGAGUUGGAGGUGGGGGAGUUUGGAGUGUGGUGUGGUGGGGAUGGGUGGGUAG